AUGUUGGGGUACAUCGCUCUAGGCAUUGUGCUCACACUGGCCUUUACCUACUUGAUCGUCAGGCCUAUUGUUGUCUAUUUCUUGGAUCCCAAAGGUCUUCGCAAGUACCCCAACUAUGCCCUUCUUUCGGGCAUUACCGAUUUCCGACACUGUUACACUUCCUCCCAGGGCUUCCGCUCUCGGUCUCUGUAUGAAGCCCACAAGAAGACUGGCGAGCCUAUUCUAAGAAUCGGCCCCAACUCUCUGUCUUUUGGCGACACUCGCGCCGUCAAGGCGAUUUACGGCCACAACACCAAGUGUAUUAAGGAUGACAACUAUAAUGUUCUUUCUGGCUCCCACCGUCAUCUCUUCGAUGUCGUCGAUAAGCCUGACCACUCCCGCAAGCGACGUCUCCUCUCCGCUGCUUUUGCAAUCAAGAACCUGGAGAAGUGGGAAUACAAGGUUGCUUACACCGCUAAGCGCCUGUUUGAGGCUUUCGACAAGAAGUGCACUGCACCCUUGAAGGGCUCGAUCCCGGACCCUCAAGAUGUCAACCUUGACUUCAGCCAUUGGAUCAACUUGUGGACCACCGAGGCCAUCUGCUACAUCACACUCUCUGCCAAGAUGGAUCUUCUCGACACUGGUACCGACGAGGUCCCCGCUGAGAAGCGCGACGGAACUCGCUACCGCGGCCGAUACCGAGAUGCUCGAGACCAGAAUGCUCUUGCGCAAGCCGUCUGGGUGUGGGAUUACAACCUCUGGCCGUGGGUCAAGUGGCUUACCAAGACCAUCCCCGGCAAGUACCAGAAGAUGUGGGACGCUGCCAAUGCUUGGGAUGAUAUCUACUAUCACCAGGCUGCGGAACGACUUCGACGGUUUGAGGCUGGUGAGGAGUUGGAUGACUUCUUUUCUUGCUUGAUGGAGGAUAAGACUGGUAGCCCCAACAACCUUGAAUGGGGUGAGAUUGUCUCUGAGAUUGGUGCCAUCAUCAACGCUGGGUCUGAUACGACUGCUAUCGCCCUCACGCAGACUCUGGAGCUUCUCAUCAAGCACCCGCAACACUUGCAGCAUCUUCGACAAGAACUCGACAGUGUACUUGAACUUGACGAGGCUAUCGCACCUUACGACAAGGUCAAGGAUCUUCCCUUCCUCAAAGCCUGCAUCGACGAGUCACUCCGCGUCAUCCCACCCACUUCAGCCGGUCUCCCUCGACGAACCCCCCCCGAAGGUGCCCAAAUCCUCGACCAAUGGAUUCCUGGCGACACUUCAGUCAAUAUGACCAUCUACGCUACCCACCGAGAUCCCAAGGUGUUUCCCGAUGCCGAGACGUACAACCCCAUGCGCUGGAUGGAUCCCAACGAACGGAGGCGCAUGGAGCCUCUGUUCAUCCCUUUCUCCGCUGGUGCUCGAGGAUGUAUUGGGCGAAACAUUUCGUAUCUUGAGCAGAUCGUUGUCCUAGCUUCGUUGGUUCAUAGGUAUGAUUUUGCUUUACCUUCGCCUGAUUUCAACAUGCAGAGGGUGGAAGCUUUCAACAUUAUCUGCGGUCAGCUUCCUAUCAAGAUUUGGCGGAGGGAAAUUGCCUAG